GACAUUGAGCAGAUGCAUUGAUUCAAAAUUAAAUUUACAUAUUUGUGAAACAUCUCAAAGUUCUUUAUUACUAAAACUGGGAACUUAUGUUUAGUAUAAUCAAUACUCUAUUCUUAUAGAAAAACAUACUAUAUACCAAUGUUACUAGAUUAUCUAGUAUUCUAGGUACCUUGCUAUAUACUAAUUUCUACAUUCAUGUCAAGUAAACAUAUUGAACGUUGUUGACAUAUCUGAGAGCAAAGUUUAAAAAAUUUGCAGUAUAAGCUUCAGAUUUUAUUGUAUAAUUCUACAUUUUGUAGAUAAAUAUUAAUAAUAUUUAGAAAUGAGUCGAAAUAGUGAAAGAAGAGGUACAGAAAAACUACGUAUAGAGGAAGUAGAUAAAGAGUUUUAUGAAGCUCAAAAUCGUGAUUUAACACAAAAAUUAGAAAGACUAAAAGCACAUUGUACAGAAGUGGAAGAGGAAUAUGAGGAGACAAAGAGGGCGCUACAGAAACUUGAAGAGGACUCCUCCGAUAUCAUCGCCUAUCUCAAACGAACACUUCAAGAGAAAGCUGAUGAAAUCGGUGAACUACAAGAGAGGCUUACGGCUCUUCAACAGGCCCGAGAUACUGAAAAAGCCAUGUUCCUGGAGAGAAUCAGAAAUAUGGAGAACGAUUUCAAGACAAUGCAUGAACAGUUGACAUCAGAAAUCAAACUUUUGAAUGGCAAGUUGAAUUCGCUGGAAGAGUUCCGGAGUCAGAGAGAGGAACUGAUGAACAAAUUUCUCACUCAGGAAGAAGCCAUGGAAGAGCAAGAGAAACGCCACAAACAGACUCUCUACGAAGUGGAACGCAAAUUCAUAAUAGCCAAAGAUGAAUUGAAGAAGGACAUGGAAAGCAAACUACUGCAACUUUCUCUUGACUUCCAGAACGCCACACAGAUGCGAAUAGCGGCCACAACUCAAAGAGUCAUCCGAGAGAAUGUGGCUGUUAAUAAUGAGUUAGCUGCUCUGAUGGAAUCAUGGCGUAAUUUGACUGAUGAUGUCACAGCAUUGAAAGACAAAGACAAGAUAAUGCGUCUGGAAAUUGAAUUGCAAAAAGAAGAGAAACUAAUAAUCCUGAAGAAGAAUAAAAUACAAGAAAAGGUAAUUGAGAAAAUGACUAACCAAUAUGAAGAAUUGGAAUCAAAACACCAGAAAAUGAUGGAAUUCCAAAAAAGGUGUGAGUCACUGGAAACUCAGCUACAAGAAACACAGCAAUUGAUGGAGGAAGAGAAAGAGAAGUCAGAUAAAACAGCGGAGAAGCUGAGGGAGAUAGAAAAUGAUCAAGUGACGUAUAACAAGAAAUUAGAGGACGCCAUAUUGGAAUCUGAUCGCUUGCACGGUAUCUUGAGGUCGGCUUCUAAAGCUGUCAUGGAAGCUAUUAUUGUUGAACAAUCACCGACAGAUGACGAGGCAUUUAAUCUUAGUAAACGUCAGACUCUGUUGUCCGCUUUGCUUGGCAUGUUCAACAAAGCUGCCAUGCCUUUCUCUGCCCGUCUUUCUGGCAUGGAACCGUCUAUUUUCUCAGUGUCAGUAUCUGAGGACGAACUGACAAGACAGAUCUACGAAACGGGGAAUCUUGGCAUCAUAGGACGUCGGCUGGAGUCAACCAGCUUGGACUCUGGACCGGUCUCACUAACCGACUUACAAAAGUCUCCGACUCCCUCAGAAACUUCUAAAAAAUCGUCCUCACAGGCUCAAUUCGAAUAAAUAUUGCUUCAAAUAACUCCAUACUGAAUUAUUUACAUAAUUAAUAAGAAUACCCACUAUAUGUACAAUGAAAUUUACAUAUAAAUGUUUGAUUUCAUUUUGUAGACUAGCAUACCGGCUAGUCUAGUAUAAUUGUCCAAAAAGGCUCAAUACUAUUAAAACUCACUCAAUACAACAGCAUUU